UGUGAAUCGAUGCAUACAUUGUGUGGUUUGGAGAGUGCAGUGAAGUCUGAGUGCAAUCACACAUUAGUCCCUCCUUUUUGAGCUGAACUGCGAAAAUGGGUAUUGACAUCAACCACAAGAAUGACCGCAAAGUGCGGCGAACGGCGCCGAAGAGCAAAGACCCGUAUUUGUUGCUAUUGGUCCGGUUGUAUCGAUUCCUGGCCCGACGAACUGGUCAGAAGUUCAACAAAAUUGUCUUAAAGCGUCUGUUUAUGAGUAAAACAAAUCGUCCGCCGAUUUCGCUCAACCGAUUGAAAAUCCAAAUGAGUAAAAAGGAGAGACAGGGAAAGAUCGCUGUCGUGAUCGGGACGGUGACGGACGACGUGCGCAUGUAUUCGGUGCCCAAACUGACGAUCUGUGCCCUACGGAUCACCCGCAGCGCGAGGGCUCGCAUACUGAAGGCCGGCGGAGAAGUACUGACUUUCGACGAGUUGGCGGUGCGAUCGCCGAGGGGUGAGAACACUGUCCUCCUUCAGGGUACAUUACAGCCGGAACUGUAG